UACCGUCCAUUAGUACCGCAGCGCCGACCGUACAGUGUGGACCGCGGUUAUUGUCGCGCGUUUUUCGUCACCGCCGCCGCUGUCGUUGUAUCGGUUACAAUAUUUAUCUUUUUGUUUUUCGAAAUUAUUUUACCUUUUAUUUUUUUUACACCGGACAUUGUGUGUGUGUGUGCGUCGCACGCGUAUAACAAAAAAAACAAAAAAAAAUAAAACAUAUAUACACAUAAUCGGGGUUCGACCGUAUCGGUUAUAUUGUGAAUAAUAAUAGUAAAAUAUAUAUUGAUAAAAAUACAAUAUUAUAUACCUACCUAUAUAUUUUGUUUUUAAAUGGUUCGUUGCGGCCAUCGACGUCGCCAUGUCUCGGUCGCCGCCAGCCGGAUGAUGAAGACCCAAAGGAUCACCGCCGGCCUGGACUGUUAGCCGCAGGAUAAUAAUAUUAUUAUACACAUUUUUCUCUUUCUCUCAGAUAUAAAUAUUGUUUGAUUUUUGAAAUCGUUCGCCACGAUCGGUUUAUCGAGCCCGGAUGCCGCUGAAGCCGUCGCGACGUUUAAUUUAAAUUAAAACGAUAUAAUAUUUAUAAAAUUAUUUUCAAUUUUACCAUUCAUAUUCCACGACUCGAACGUCGUUUUCGUUAAAAAUAGUCAAGUAUCCUAAUUUAAUAAACAUUAAACUAAUCUGAACCGCCAUGGUGCUUUUCGACGACCUGUUCGGUUUCCCGGCCAUACCCAGGUGCCUGAGGCCUUUCUCCGCUGCCAGGGGUCCGACUUCUGUAAGGGGCACCAUGUCUUGCACGAAGAUCACCUCUUGUCUCACCCUAGUGCUGUUGAUAUGCUUCGAGACGGUUUUGCUGUCGACGGUCAGCGAUUGUACCAAGUCCUUCACCGUACACUGGAACACGUCCAAUUCAAUAUUCCGGAUAGACAACACGGAUCACAUAAUCGACGUGAACAAGGGCAACAUGCCGUUCGAAUACGACCAAGUGAACAUCGUGUGUCCUGUGUACGCACCCGGUACACACGAAUCCGAUGCCGAGAAGUAUAUCAUUUACAACGUGUCUAAGGAAGAGUACGACAUGUGCCGCAUUACAAAUCCCAAUCCUAGGAUCAUUGCGUACUGCGAUAAGCCUUACAAGCUAAUGUACGUCACCAUAACGUUCCGUUCGUUUACGCCUCAACCCGGUGGACUCGAAUUUCAACCAGGACAAGACUACUAUUUCAUUUCGACUUCGUCUAAGGAUGACAUACACCGCAGAAUCGGCGGCCGUUGCUCCACCAACAACAUGAAAGUGGUGUUCAAGGUAUGCUGCCGGCCGGAGGACCAACAACAGAACAACAACCAGAACGUGGCCACCCGACCACCAAACCCGGCUAUUACACAACGGCUACCGGCUCCCGUCAACACGCACGUUUAUCCUCGCCCCACUUCGGCUUACUCGUCCACAAUGUCGCCUUCGCCCAAACUGCCACCGUUCGGCCCGUCCUUGCACAACAAACCGAAUCACAAAAAACAAUCCGAAUACGACAAACAUCCUAAUGAAGUGGUCAAAAACGAAGAGCUAACGUUAAACGGUGGUCAACGCGCCGUCACCAGUUCCGCCUUCAUCAUUCUAGUCUUACUCACCAUUGUCCAAUGGGUUUCGCGAUAAGUCGCUAAUUUUAAACACUCUGUACAUACCUAAACGGUUUAUUAUUAUUAUUAUUAUUAUUAUUACUAUCAUUAUUAUUAUUAUUAUUUUAAAUACUAUAAAUAAUUGUAUGUACAUACUACUUGAACAUUUUUUUUUAAUUUUUAAAAUAACCCACCACCACCAACCACUACCGCUACUAUCGUAAUAAUAAUAAUAAUCAUCCCUUUCCAAUAAUAAUUUAAUAAUAAUAUUAUAUAUUAUAACACUGUGUUGUGUAUUAUUAUAAACGAUUACAUUGUUAUUAUUUGUAUAAAAGCUACGAUAAUUCUCGACUAUAUACCUAUACAUCAUCUAAUACAUUAUAUGUUAUAAUAAUAAUAACGAACGUUGUGUUGACAAUUAAUGUAUCGACAGCAAAAACUAUUUGACUACUGUGUAUUUGUGACUAUUGAAAUUAUAAGAAUAAUACUAUCAUCAUAAUAUUAUUAUAUAACAUGCGUGUGACGUGCCAAGGGCGACAAAAUGACGACGAAUCUCAGUGUGUAUGAUAGUAACAGUCACAUUUUCUUUUUUUCUUUUUAUUUAAGAUAAUUAAACAAUUAUAGUAGUUAUUUGCCAUAAGCAUAGACGACAUAAGUCGAGCAAUAUUUCUUUACCUGUAUUACCUACCUACAAUUUUUUUUUUUUAAUUAACGUUUCCCUUUCUCAGUUUUUCUAUCGACCGACAUUCAGCGGCUUCUUCUAUUUAAUUUUCAAUCCCCAAAAAAUGUGUUCGUUCGGUUCAAAUGCCGUCGGACUCAUUUCAUUCUUUCGACACAACAACAACAAUAUUUGUCAUCGACAAGUUGUGCGGUGUUUCUGGUUUCGAGAAUGAAAUGUAUCCGUCGUCUUAAGUUUGACGACUAGACGGACAGUUAAGUAAACCAAAAAAAAAAAAAAAA